AUGGCAAAGGCAAAGGCCAGCAAAGGGCUGAUCAGCACGUGGGAGAAGACAGGCGCGUUGUGUCUCUGGGAGCGUUGGAAUGUGGAUCAAGUGCCUUUGCCAUUCGUGAACGGGCUGAUCAGCACGUGGGAGAAGACAGGCGCGUUGCGUGUAGCCAUCUCGCAGCCCUUUGCUGGCCUAGAGAAAAGGAAGUGCACCAUGCAAGUCAUCUUUAGUCCGGGUGAGGAGACAAUGCGGAUUUCGGUGAUUUUCUGAGGCCAGCGGCAGCGGAUUUCGCCGGUGGAGAAAGCCGCGUACCACAAGGACGUGGACGUGUUUUUCCAGGAGA